CAAAUUCUUCUUUUGGGGUUGGGGAAUCGCAGUGGAUUAUACCUCUGUUUUCUUCUUUCCAAAACUGUGCGCCCCCGGAUGAAAGAGAUCUGCAGGUGCUCUGGGGUUCAAUGCUCUAACAAGUUCCAAAAUAAUUGAAGAGAAGCCGAGGCCAGUUGUUCCGAGGAUCCUGCUCCACAGAGAAUGUUCUGCACCCAUUGAUAACCCAAUACCACCUUCUGAGAUGAUCUUGGUUCCCAGAAUGCCUUUGGUGCUGCUCCUGCUGCUGCCUAUCUUAAGUUCUGCAAAAGCUCAAGUUAAUCCAGCUAUAUGCAGGUAUCCUCUGGGCAUGUCAGGAGGCCACAUUCCUGAUGAGGACAUCACAGCUUCCAGUCAGUGGUCAGAGUCCACCGCUGCCAAAUAUGGAAGGCUGGACUCAGAAGAAGGAGAUGGAGCCUGGUGCCCUGAGAUUCCAGUGGAACCUGAUGACCUGAAGGAAUUUCUGCAGAUUGACUUGCACACCCUACACUUUAUCACUCUUGUGGGGACCCAGGGGCGCCAUGCAGGGGGUCAUGGCAUUGAGUUUGCACCCAUGUACAAGAUCAAUUAUAGUCGGGAUGGCACUCGCUGGAUUUCUUGGCGGAACCGGCAUGGGAAACAGGUGCUAGAUGGAAAUAGUAACCCGUAUGACAUUUUCCUAAAGGACUUGGAGCCACCCAUUGUAGCUAGAUUUGUUCGCUUCAUUCCAGUCACUGACCACUCCAUGAAUGUUUGCAUGAGGGUGGAACUUUAUGGCUGUGUCUGGCUAGAUGGCUUGGUGUCUUACAAUGCUCCAGCUGGGCAGCAGUUUGUACUCCCUGGAGGCUCUAUCAUUUAUCUGAAUGAUUCUGUCUAUGAUGGAGCCGUUGGGUACAGCAUGACUGAAGGACUGGGCCAAUUGACAGAUGGGGUGUCUGGCCUGGAUGAUUUCACCCAGACCCAUGAAUACCACGUGUGGCCGGGCUAUGACUACGUGGGCUGGCGGAAUGAGAGUGCCACCAAUGGCUACAUUGAGAUCAUGUUUGAAUUUGACCGCAUCAGGAAUUUCACUACCAUGAAGGUCCACUGCAAUAACAUGUUUGCUAAAGGUGUGAAGAUCUUUAAGGAGGUACAGUGCUACUUCCGUUCUGAAGCCAAUGAGUGGGAACCUAAUGCUGUUUCCUUCCCUCUUGUCCUGGAUGAUGUCAACCCCAGUGCUCGCUUUGUCACAGUGCCUCUCCACCACCGAAUGGCCAGUGCCAUCAAAUGCCAAUACCAUUUUGCUGACACCUGGAUGAUGUUCAGUGAGAUCACUUUCCAAUCAGAUGCGGCCAUGUACAACAACUCUGGAGCCCUGCCCACCUCUCCUAUGGCACCGACAACCUAUGAUCCAAUGCUUAAAGUUGAUGAUAGCAACACACGGAUCCUGAUUGGCUGCUUGGUGGCCAUCAUCUUCAUCCUCCUGGCCAUCAUUGUCAUUAUCUUGUGGAGACAGUUCUGGCAGAAAAUGCUGGAGAAGGCUUCCCGGAGGAUGCUGGAUGAUGAAAUGACUGUCAGUCUCUCCCUACCAAGCGAGUCCAGUAUGUUCAACAAUAACCGCUCCUCAUCACCAAGUGAACAGGAGUCCAACUCGACUUAUGAUCGCAUAUUUCCUCUUCGCCCUGACUACCAGGAGCCAUCCAGACUGAUACGAAAGCUCCCAGAAUUUGCUCCAGGGGAGGAAGAGUCAGGCUGCAGUGGCAUUGUGAAGCCAGCCCAACACAACGGACCUGAGGGAGUGCCCCACUAYGCAGAGGCUGACAUAGUGAACCUCCAGGGAGUGACUGGAGGCAACACYUACUCAGUUCCUGCUGUCACCAUGGACCUUCUCUCAGGAAAAGAUGUGGCUGUGGAAGAGUUUCCCCGGAAACUCUUAACUUUCAAGGAGAAGCUAGGAGAAGGCCAGUUUGGAGAGGUUCAUCUUUGUGAAGUGGAGGGAAUGGAAAAAUUCAAAGACAAAGAUUUUGCCCUAGAUGUCAGUGCCAACCAGCCUGUCCUGGUGGCUGUGAAAAUGCUCCGAGCAGAUGCCAACAAGAAUGCCAGGAAUGAUUUUCUUAAGGAGAUAAAGAUCAUGUCCCGGCUCAAGGAUGCAAACAUCAUCCGUCUCUUAGCUGUGUGUAUCACUGAUGACCCUCUUUGCAUGAUCACGGAAUACAUGGAGAAUGGAGACCUCAAUCAGUUUCUAUCCCGCCAUGAGCCUGCCAAUUCUUGCUCCAGCAAUGUACCCACUGUCAGUUAUGUCAACCUGAAGUUUAUGGCUACCCAGAUUGCCUCUGGCAUGAAGUACCUUUCCUCUCUGAAUUUUGUCCACCGAGAUCUGGCUACUCGAAACUGUUUAGUGGGUAAGAACUACACCAUCAAGAUAGCUGACUUUGGAAUGAGUAGAAACUUAUACAGUGGUGACUACUACCGGAUCCAGGGUCGAGCAGUGCUCCCUAUCCGCUGGAUGUCUUGGGAGAGCAUCUUGCUGGGCAAAUUCACUACAGCAAGUGAUGUGUGGGCAUUUGGGGUGACUCUGUGGGAGACGUUCACCUUUUGCCAAGAGCAGCCCUAUUCUCAGCUGUCAGAUGAACAGGUUAUUGAAAAUACUGGAGAGUUCUUCCGAGACCAGGGGAGGCAGAUUUACCUCCCUCAACCAGCCAUUUGCCCUGACUCWGUGUAUAAGCUGAUGCUCAGCUGUUGGAGAAGAGAUACAAAGCACCGUCCAUCGUUUCAAGAAAUCCACCUUUUGCUCCUUCAACAAGGGGAUGAGUGAUGCCGUCAAUGCGUGACAGCAUUCCAAUGGCCCAGGUUCUUCCCACAAGACCUACCACUCAACCAUACCUAAGCCACUCCAUCCGGACAUUUUACGGAACUGAGAGACACAGGCCUUUUGCUUUGUUCUCUCUCUCUGUCCCUCACCUACCCCAUGCCACUCCUUCACUCCCUACCACUGUCUCAUAUAUACUUUUUUUUUUUUUUACAUUAAAGCACUACAAAAGAAAAAAAAUCUAGGGCAGAUAAAAUCUAGUAAAAGAAAUCUUGAUAUACCAAAGGGUUAGAUAACAAAAGCUACAAAAUUUAGAUAAUUUAUAAAGGUUAAAUAUGCUUAUGUUUAUAAAUGUGCAGAUUCUAUAAUAUUUUUCCAUGUCACCUUUUAUAAAGUAUCUUCAGAAAGAGAAAAAAAAUUGAAGAAUACUAAGGUCUUGGGAAACAUGAGAUUAGACUUAGGGGAAGCAUGUAGUAGCCAUGGAGAAUCUGAAGACUUGAUAUUUAACAACUUACCACAGAUGGUUUUCUGAUUUGGCUUCUGAACAUAUACCAUUCUCUGAUUUCCCUCUCCUAUCAAAGUGAAUAAUGUAUUCUGGAAAAGUCCUAGUUUUUUGGAAUGGGUAUUUUCUUCAUUCRUGGGCAGGGGUCAUGGUUGAAAUGCAUUUAUAAAGUAACAGGGGAUAUGGAUAGGAAAGAAUGUCUGCUGCAAGGCUAAAUGUAAGAGAACAGUUAUUUUUUUUWAAAAAGUAUAUCCUGCAUGGAAGGAUUCUUGAAUGGAUAACAGAUGUAAGAAAGGAGUUCUAUGAAGGACAGAUAACAAGUAUCCUAUUCAAUAUUCACUUGUGAGGGUCCUCUUCUUUGUCUUGUUAAGAAAUUUUUAUGUGUGUGUUUUAGUGGGCAUCUGAUUUUUUAAUUAGUAAAGGCUGGUGUCUUAAUAGCUUGAUGAUAGACCCUUUGUUUCACCUUGUGCAAGUUUCUAUUAAUGGUUAACAUCGCUGGAUGUGUGAACUGGAGACUGAAUUUCUCAGGCAUAAAUACCUAAAGGACAUGUAUAACAGAGUAGAUCUGUUCUGAGUGUCCCCAAAAGGUUGACCCAGAACAAUGAGAAGACGUUAAAGGGAAACUGAAAUCUAUUCUUUUUAGGGAAAAUACAUCCAGUCAGGACAUACAAGAAUCAAUGGGCUGCCUCCAGAGAUGGAGAGUCCUCUGUCUUUUGCAGAGGAUCAUAUAUAGGCUAAAGAACUAUGCAAGAAGAUGAAGGUUUUCAAAUAGAGGAAAGAUAGCUAUAUUAGACAAUAUUUAAUGAUUUUCUAACCUCAAGAAUCAUUGAUUCCAGAGAGGCCUAGGAUGGCCAUUCAGUGCUACUGCUUAGUGUUCAUCUUCUUGUUAACAAGAUAGUAUGGUCAGCAGAAAAAUAUGAGGCUCUAAUUCUCAGAAUUCAUGGAAGUGGAUACCUGUUGAGUAGGAAUCUCCUUAGAGAAGAUUCUGAGCUUUUGACACAUGACAAAUUUCCAGAUUCAUUGGGAAAACUAGAAAAGGGGACCCUUAAUUCCCAUUGAGAAAAAAAUAAGAGAAGAUUACAAAACUAACUUCCUAAGGUGGCAAGAAAUAGUCUUGAUCCCCUAGAUCUGCUUCUCUUGCUUCCAUGGUCUGCCUUUUUAUAAUCUCUUAGAAWCGUCAAUGUUUCUCCAUUUAGCUUUCAAAAUUGUUCCAGGCCCUGCAUGAACAUAAAUCUAAGUCCCCAACAUUCAUUUUGCAGGUCAUCUUCUGACUAUAGCAAAUACCUUUUCUCCCUGGUUGUUCUAAGCCUGGACUUCAGUCUCUUCCAUGACUAACUUUGGUUUAAGAGUCGGGAGAAUGUUUGGCCAUCUUUUGCUUUAAGCCAAGUGUGCCAUCUUGUUUCUCUGAAUUUUGUUUUCUUAUCUGUAAAGUGAGUAAAUUGAAUUAGAUGGCAUUGAAGUGUUUAUUGAAUACUGUUUUUCUAUAACUGAUGUGGAUUCAGUAAUCCGGUCAUCUCUUGUUCUGGAAAAUGUGGUUGGUAGAAGGGAUCUUGGGAGAAGUUACUGUAAUAGUAGUAACAAUGGCACCUGCAUCUGUAUAGUGCCUUAGCAUUACCAUUUCUAUAAUAUUUAUUUCAUUUUAUAUGUACAGGGCCAGACAUGUUUUCCUAUGAGACAUGCCACCCUCUGAUCUCAAGGAAAGUGUUAACUUCCUUAGAAAUAAAAGGAUGUGACAUCAGAACCUACAGUCUACUUAUCCAUAUGCCUCUGGUAGGACUACCUCCAGACCAUUUCCCCUUCCAUAGCCUAACAUCCUUCUGCUUAGGACUUUUUAGGAUUCUGCCUCAAUUCACUGUAUUUCAUGAUCCCAUACUUAAAAAUAUUUAAAAUGUUAUUAAAGUAUAUGAAUUUUCCUGACCUUGAGUCAUGGAAGUAAUCUGUUUUAGGUGGCAGCCAAAUAUGUAUUAUCAUGUACAAGUAUCCUUUUCUGGAUGAAGAAUUCUCCAUCUUUUGGCACUGAGAAAUUGCACUAUAGACAUAGGUUUAACUUCUAACCUAACUCGUACCUGUAGAGUUUAGCAGCACAAAUCUGAAGUGACCCAACAGAGUAAAUGGUAAAGACUUAGUAUGUAGACUUAGUAUGUUAUAGUAAAAAGGUGUUCAAAUCUAAAUUAGAGGAAUGAAGCUAGGAAAAGAAAUAGGAAAAAUGAUAAGAAAGUAUAGGACCUUCUUCUCUUUGCUAUAAGUUAUCCUCUUCAUGAUGCAUGUAAGCUAUUUUGUAUCAAGGUUGUGUUUUUAGAUAGUCAAGAUUUUAAUUUAUACUUGYGCUGGUUAACGUGUUGAUAGCUAGGUCAAAAUCUUGAUGUGCUGUCCAGUCGACACAUAUAUGAUUAGUUCACAAAAGUGUUUACUGGAGUGAAAAGAAGUAUCCAGGGAGAGUAAGCUGUGGAAAGAUCACUUGUAAGUGUUCAAGAAUAUAUAGCAAAGAGGGAGGUAUGCAAGUGGGACAAAAAAUGAAUACAUGAAUGUGCAUAUGACUGGUCAGGGAGGCUGAGGAGGGGUUAGGAAAGAGAGUGGCAAUAGUAGAGAGGCAAUAAAAAGAGGCAAUGAGAGUGCAUGGGAGCCAUGGAUAGGGGCUAGUCAAACAAGGUAGAAACAGGGGUAACGGGAGCUGRUGGAAUGCGCUCUGAAGCAAGGAAGCAAAGAUUUAGAAAGAGACCUGAGAAAGGAUAGAAAAAGUGACUUGAAGUAGGAUGGUAAAGAGGAAAUUCUGGGUGAUAGAGAUUAUAAAAUAUUUAUUAAAAAUGAAAAGACAGGUGCAGUAAUGGAAACAGGAUUGUUGUUUUUAUUGUUUAAAGGUAUGUAGGGAUGUCCUCCAUAGAUCUAAAAACACAUAACUAUCAGGGAAUGAUCCUCUAAUUUCAGAGUCAGGGGGUGAGGGAGGCAGUUUAAGCCCCUAUGUGUUUUAGACUACUUCAAGGGCUGGUGAGAGGUCAACUCUCUGCCUGAACUGGAUUUGACUUUCCAAGGGCUAUUUUAGACAUGAAAACCUAGAUAMGGGGAGCUAAUGGUAGUUUCUGAAACUUUGCAUUCUCUCCUCUUGCCUUUGUUAAUGAAAUCCAUUUUCAAGGAUGUCCAUCAUUGCUGUGCCCAGAAUGGCARCAGACAACUGGAAAAAAUAGGCAUAAGUUAGGUAAAACUAAAUCUCAUCUGGUGUCCACACAAUGAGUUAUGUGCCACRUUAGAAACAUGCAUGUUUCUAGUUCCAUCCAGUCUUCCCACAAGAAAAYCAUAAUGUGGGGCUAGGCCAUGUGUUUUGAGUAAAGUAGAAUAGGAGUGUCUAAAGGAGGGAAAAGGAAGAUGUUGCAAAGAAAUAUACUAAAACAACAGCAUCUGUUCUCAAAACUAAAAAAAAAUGAAAAGGAUUACAAUGUAUAGCCAUUAUGUCUUUGAUCCUAAGUUGAAUUCAUAAACCYGGAUCUUGCCAUCUUAGUCUUCUCUUGUCUGUCGUAUUUUUGUUCUUUGUUAGUGCAUGUGGUAGGUCACUAAUAUUUCUGGAAGACGCAGAUCCUGAUCUACUCUGGGAAAUACUUCUGAACUGAAAUUUCACAUUUGUAUAGAAACAGAUAAAUGUCUUCAUCUGCUCCAAUUAGGUACAUUGYGUGGUGGCAGAAGACUAAUGAGUAAUUGUUUAGUUGCUGUCUCCUUUUUGAAAGACUCUCAAGACGUUUAAAAAAAAAGUGUAGAAUGUUCUUACUCUAGAUCUAGUUUUCCCCAACUGAUAAAAUUUUACAUAAGCCCAUUUUCAACCACAGAAACCAUAGUCCAUUUUGAACCAUUUUCAAAACCAGAAAAUUGACAUUGGUGUAAUACCUCUAACUAAACUACAGAUUUUAUUUGGACUUCACCAUUUUCAUACAUAUAUUCCUUUAGGUACUGAAUUCUUUUAACCCUUGAUAAUUAGUAACCUGUCCUUGCUUGGAUGUAUUAGGCACUAUCUGGACACAAUUAUGCAAAAUUCAAGAGAAUAUAACAAAUUAAUAUGUUCAUUUAUUGUUAAGCAAUAUCGUCCCUAUUCUGCUUCCAAAUUUUACCAUUAGUUUUACAAUCCAAAGAUGACUUAGGAUUAGAUAAUACCAAAGUAAGAUCCAUCUAUAGAUUGUUGGAUAGAGACUCAGCUGUGGAAGGAAGUGCUAAAUGGUUCCUGCAGUUUCUACAGGGGAGUAGGGUUUUUAUCAAAGACAAGAAGACAUUUUUCAGGUAAAUCAGUAUUUUGGUCAAGAGUUAAUGACACCAUGGAUAGCUUGUGGAAGGAAUACAAUAUAAUAGUGUGGACCUUGAAUGUGUAAUAAAACACUAUUUUUUUUUUGAGUAGCAGAGAAGCUUCAUUUGCUUAAAUAUCUGUUCUUAAUGGGAACAACAACCCUAGAGAAGUUGAAGCUCUUUUUGUGGAUUACAGCUUUGAGUUUUGUGAGUGCCAUUUUUAAGCUGCCCUAUUGAAGGGUCACAAGACUAUAGCAGUGUGUGUCUUGUAAAACUUCUAGCACAUAAGUGAACACUUGAUAAAUAUUUUCCAAAUGUUGUUUUUUGAAUGAAUAAAAGAUGGAGACAAAAACCCUGUCAUCUAGUAUAACUAGGGUGAAUUUAGUGAGAUUGCUUUGUUGUAACAGAAAUUUUAUUUUCAAAUAAGAGGACAUAGUGCUCAUACUUGUACCAGGUAAAAUACAUUCUCCAUUUGCAUACUUGGUAAUAGCAAAAUUGAUCUAUGGAAAUGCUUCAUUCUUUGAGGUAAUUAGACAGCAGUGCAAGGUAGUUCUCAACACUGUACCAGAUUAAAAGUAAGGACCAACACUGGCUCCAAACCCAGUUCCUGAAACAAGCUAUUUAGUUUCUCCUGUAGACACUUUGUCAACAUCUUUACAGGUGAAGGGAUCUGCCUCCCAAGCUAGCCUGUACAUGUUAAGGAAGAAUUUGAAAAUAACAACAACGACAAAAACACACCAAAAACUUAAGGCAGAGUAUGUUAGGAUGAGGUAAUUACUUGCACUGUAAAAUUGUUUUUUCAAGAAGAGGUUUGGAAGUAACUGAAAGUUGGGAAAAUUAUUGCACACACACCAAGAAUCUGUAAACUAGCCUCACAGUUCUUUACUGUUCAUGAUAUCCUAUUUUUUCCCCCUGUUGUCUGGUAACUUUUUUUGGAGGACUGAGUUUCUGCAGCAAUGAUGAGGAAACAUCUGGGCUUUAUUCCACAGGCUUUGGAGGAUAAUGUGUCUCAUCAAGGGGUAAACAGCAAAUGGAUUUAAUUUUUGCUUAAAACUAUUAUAGUCAUUCCAAAAUAGAAUAAGUAAAAAUUCUCUGUAUUAGAAAAAGAAACAUGAUACCAAUUGUAUAUUUUCUUUAUUUAUUCUC